UAUACAGAGACUCUACAAACAACAGAAAUGUGAGAAACAAAGAACAGAAAAAAUGUUGCUGAUGAAAAAAGAGUUUGCGUCACUGAAAAAACAAUGUCAAGGUGUGACCUCUGGCCGUUAACCCUUUCACCCGCUCUGUGACCCCCACGCUGAGAGAAAGACUCUGUGAGCCCACUGGCCCCUGAAAGAGUAAACCAUAUUCUGUGCAUUUCUAUGACGCUGCUGCUGGCUCAGGGGUUUAGACAAAAGGAUCAGUCUUUGGAGCAGGUAUAAAAGGAACGGGUUAAACAGGGAAAGGUACAGUUCAGACCAAGUCUAGCAGCAGCAACAGCUACAGCAGCAGCAACAGCAGCCCUCUGACCAACAAGAUGACUUCCACUGGAAUGAACAUGAUGAGCAGGAUCGUCUUCUACGAGGAGAAGAACUUCCAGGGUCGUUCCUAUGAGUGCAUGAGCGACUGCCCCGACAUGUCCUCCUACCUGAACAGGUGCCACUCCUGCAGGGUGGAGAGAGGCUGCUUCAUUGUGUACGACCGCACCAACUUCAUGGGUAACCAGCACUUCAUGAGGAGGGGCGAGUACGCCGACUACAUGAGCAUGAUGGGCAUGAGCGACUGCAUCAGGUCCUGCCGCAUGAUCCCCAUGCACAGGGGAUCCUUCAGGAUGAAGAUCUAUGAGAGGGAGAACUUCGGCGGCCAGAUGCACGAGGUGAUGGAGGACUGUGACAACAUCAUGGACCGUUACCGCAUGUCCCAGUGCAUGUCCUGCAACGUGAUGGAGGGUCACUGGCUGAUGUACGAGCAGCCCCACUUCAGAGGCAGGAUGAUCUACAUGAGGCCCGGCGAGUACAGGAACUUCAUGAACAUGGGCAACAGCAGCAUGAGGUUCAUGAGCAUUAAGCGUAUCACCGACUCCUGCCAGUAAACUCCUGACUUUGAAUGAAAGAAUCAAAGCCUAAACUGCUAAAGAAAUAAAAAAUAUAAACAUGAA